CCUGUGUCUUACCCAACUGUGUGUACAGACUUAAAUGUCUCUGAGUGAAAGACGAGAGCUGGCCAUGAAUUGAGAAGAGAAAGACGGCGGGGAGGGAGAAACUUGGACCAAGUUAGAAGAGGGAGGAAGUCCUGCAAGUGGCAUUGUGCUGAGGCAUUUAAGCUGAGGGGGUAAUUUGCAAAGAGAGGAGGCCAAAGGAAAGGAAAAAACACUGCAUGUACUGGACUGAAAGGAACUCUUUAAGCUUGGAUGUUUUUUAAAGUGAUGCAAGAGGAUCAGUAAAAACAACCUCACAGCUAUUCUGAAGUAAUCAAGCUGUUGCAUUGUAAAAUGGAUGGGUUAACUGCUGUCACUGGCCGUGGCUUUAAAUGUCUUCUGUCAUGGCAAAGCGUGAGGCGGGGAGUACCAGCCCUGUGGUGCGUCAGAUAGAUAAGCAGUUUCUGGUCUGUAGCAUCUGUCUGGAUCACUACUGCAACCCGAAGGUCCUCCCCUGUCUGCACACCUUCUGUGAGAGUUGCCUCCAGAACUACAUUCCUCCAGAGUCACUGACACUUUCAUGCCCAGUGUGUCGGCAGACAUCCAUCCUGCCAGAGAAAGGAGUGUGUGCUCUGCAGAACAACUUCUUCAUCACUAAUCUCAUGGAGGUUCUCCAACGAGAGCCAGAGUGCUCACGGCCAGAGGCCUGCAGUGUGUUGGAGUCAGUAAGUGCUGCUGCAGCAGGGAAGCCCCUGUGCUGCCCAAACCAUGAUGGAAAGGUGAUGGAGUUCUACUGCGAGUCGUGUGAGACAGCCAUGUGCUUGGAGUGUACAGAGGGCGAGCAUCGGGAGCAUGUGACCGUUCCUCUACGGGACGUCGUGGAACAGCACAAAGCUGCUUUGAAGACGCAGCUGGAUGCCAUACGCAGCAGGCUUCCUCAGCUCACAGCCGCCAUUGAGCUGGUGAGUGAAAUCUCUCGACAGCUGAAUGAAAGAAAGAGUGAGGCAGUUGCAGAAAUCACCAGUACAUUUGAGGAGCUGGAACGACUGCUGCAUCAGCGCAAGACCGCCCUCAUCACAGACCUGGAGAACAUCUGCAGCACAAAGCAGAAGGUCUUACAGGCCCAGCUCUCAGCCCUUCUUCAGGGAAAGGAACACAUCCAGAGCAGCUGCAGCUUCACAGAACAGGCUCUGAGUCAUGGCAACGCCACUGAGGUAUUGCUGGUUCAGAAGCAGAUGAGUGAGCGGGUAACGGCUCUUGCGCGACACGAUUUUCCAGAGAAACCACAUCAGAAUGCACACUUGGAAUGUCAGGUAGAGACUGAGGGCCUCCGGCGGUCCAUCCAGAACCUGGGAGUCCUCCUCACUACAGCUGCAGUCGCUCACACGUCUGUGGCCACAGGAGAGGGCCUUCGCUAUGUUGCAACGGGCCAGCACCACACCAUCACUGUAACAACAAAAGACAAAGACGGGGAGUUGGUGCGGACAGGCAACGCCAUUUUGAGAGCAGAUAUCACAUCUGUUGAUGGCAGCCGGGCAGCAGAGACAGAGAUAACGGACAAUAAGAAUGGAACGUAUGAGGUGGGAUACACGCUGCGCUCUGAGGGAGAGUACUCCUUCUCCCUCUUGCUGUACGGACAGCCGAUUCGCGGUAGUCCUUUCCGCCUGCGAGCCGUCAAACCGUCAGAUGUGCCCCAGUCGCCAGAUGAUGUAAAGAGGAGAGUCAAAUCCCCCAGCGGGACAGGGGGCCACAUACGGCAGAAAGCAGUGAGACGGCCUUCCAGCAUGUACAGCACAACUAAGAAGAAAGAAAACCCCAUUGAGGAUGAGCUCAUCUACAGAGUUGGUUCCCGGGGCAGAGAAAAAGGCGAAUUCACUAAUCUACAAGGCAUCUCAGCCUCCAGCAACGGCAGAGUGGUGGUGGCAGACAGCAACAACCAGUGCAUCCAGGUAUUCUCAAAUGAUGGCCAGUUCAAAAUGCGUUUUGGGGUCAGAGGUCGGUCACCAGGACAGCUGCAGAGACCGACCGGUGUCACCGUGGACAUGAAUGGCGACAUUGUGGUGGCCGACUAUGACAACAGAUGGGUCAGCAUCUUCGGCUCUGAUGGAAAAUUCAAGAAUAAGAUUGGGGCAGGUCGUCUGAUGGGUCCUAAGGGCGUGGCUGUGGAUAAGAACGGACACAUCAUCACUGUGGACAACAAGGCUUGCUGCGUCUUCAUCUUUCAGUCUAAUGGAAAGCUUGUCACUAAGUUUGGAGGCAGGGGGACAACUGACAGACAGUUUGCAGAAAAACUUGGCCCAAACUUUAAUAAAUCUUCCUCGGUUUUCAGUCCACACUUUGUUGCAGUGAACAACAAGAAUGAAAUAAUUGUCACAGAUUUCCACAAUCACUCUGUAAAGGUUUACAAUGCAGAUGGGGAGUUCCUGUUCAAGUUUGGCUCUCACGGUGAAGGGAACGGUCAGUUCAACGCUCCCACUGGUGUGGCGGUUGAUGCCAAUGGAAACAUCAUUGUGGCUGAUUGGGGAAACAGCAGAAUACAGGUGUUUGACAGCACAGGCUCCUUCCUAUCCUACAUCAACACUUCAGCAGAUCCGCUCUACGGCCCUCAAGGCCUGGCCCUCACCUCAGACGGACACGUGGCUGUGGCAGACUCUGGCAAUCACUGCUUUAAAGUUUACAGAUACUUGCAGUAGUACAGAAAUAAAAACAACACUGCGAAAUCCUGCUUGAGUGAAUUAACCUUGCAUAUUGCUUAUUCACAUAGAGCUGUGGUGUGCCUGCACAUUUUAAGAAGACCUCAUGUCCACAAAUCAAUCAUAUGUUCAUUUCAAUCUUUCAUAAUUCUUGAGCUCCUAUGCCAGUAGUUUGAAAAUAAGGAUAUAAACAGCAAUGUAACCCCUUUAACUUAUAUUGUGCUGUUGUAAUGGCUGCAAAUUGUCCCACUUCAUGGUAAUAAAUUCACCAAACUUGGAAAAGGUUAAAUAUAGAAUAGAUUUUCUUUCCCCUCUCACUCCCAUAUUAACCAGCUUAGACUGUCCUUGUAGCUCAUUAUUACUGCUUUUAACCAAAUCACACAAAAAAGGGAAAUGAAGUCACCUUUAGCACAAUCCACUUCAACUUGUGUUCCUAAAUAAACUACCAGCAGAUAUCCUGUCAGCCUCACUUUGGUGAUUCUUUGCAUCCAAACGUCUAAGACGUACACACAAUGCUUUGCGUUUCUCCAACGCGUACGAUCUUUUCGCUGCCUUAGGAAGACUUUUUAGCUUGUUGACAUGAUAAAACACGCAGGAGUCUAUUUUUCCUCCAAGUUGCAACACAGACAGAUGGAAAUUUCGGGUUUUGUAAAGCACAAUAGGAGAACCAGCUCAACUUGCGCAUGAAAUCUUUUUGCUCCAAAAUUGACUGUCUAAUAGCUGAUUCCGCGACUUCUUGCACUUUUAUCUAUUCAUUCAAUACUCUAUUGUACAUAUGUGUAAAUAAGAAUUCAAUGUUCAUGUACUUCACAUUAUAGCCAACAUAUUACAGCAUAAAACAGAAUUAAGGUCGUGCCAGCAGCAGCCAGUUGGACGUUUACCAUUAGUCAGAUUUGCUGUAACUUGAAAUUCCUGAAAGAAAAAAAAAGUAUUUUCUUUUCUAAAUAAUUAGUUCAACAAAUUAUUUUUCUAAUUGGUGCAUUGGAAGUGUCUUCUCUUUACAAAGCACUGUUGUGCGUCAUAAUUUGUUGCACCGAUAGCCCUCCUCUUCAACUCCUCCCACUGAGCUCGAAUCGGAAUCAACCCAAACUUUUUCUUUCUGCCAAAGUGUUUUAGGUUGUCAUUACACAUUGCACAAAAUUAUAAAAAGUUAUAUUGAAAAAUUAAUAUAUAUAUAUAUAUCAUGAUGUAUAGUUCAUUUAACAUAAUCAGAGAGAAAUGUAUAUCAGAAACAUAUUCUUGUUGUAGCUGAAAAGCACUCCUGUCAUUGCAGUAUUUGUAUCAUUUAAGGGUCUUCAGGAAUUUACAAUAUUCCAGUAAAUAGACACUUUUUUUCACAUUUGAUUUAUAAUUUUUUAGGUAAUAAAUGUAUUUUGUUGUUCUUUAUAUGUUUCCCUUUUUGUCAUAAAUGUUUUUUUUUUGCUUUACUUUUAUAUCUAUGCCUUUUUAACCAUGUGAAAUAGCCCAAGCACAUAGAAAUAGGAGUCUACAUCUACAAUGUGUGUUCAACUGUCUGCCACAAAAGGUCACAAUUACAAGAAUGCAUUUUACCUGCUAUGUAAUAAUCAUGGAAAAAGGUAUGAUUGUAAAAUUAAAGGUUAUGCCACCAAC